UUUUGAAACGCCUCCAGCAUAAUGAUGUAUUAGUAACAGCUUAACUGUUGAGUGAGACAGACGCGCAAAAUACAUUUGACUUAAUCUUUAUAAGGAAUAUGGCGUCUGAAGAGGAUGAUAUCAAGUUCGUGAGCAAGCUGGACGAGGAGAGUAAGAAGAAGGCGAAGAGGGAACUGAAUGAGCUCAACGACACAGAUAGAAUACUUGCUGUACAAUCGUUUAGACAGUGGAUAUUACAACAGAAAUGGCUGAAAACACCUACAGAUUUUAGCUUUCUAUUAAAAUUUCUAAGAGCUAGAAAAUUUAGUCAACUGGAAGCGAGAAAAACGCUGGAAAAUUACUGGACGUGUAAAACAAAAACACCAGACUGGUUCAGAAAUGUGGACCCUUCUGAACCAGCCAUACAGGAAAUCCUUAAAACUGGCUUCUAUAUUAUACCCAAGCAGUUAGACAAGUACGGCAGAAGAGUCGUUAUAGAAAAACUUGCGAGACUGGACUUAAAUGAUGUAAAGAAGAAAUGGGGAGUGGCCAAUUUAUACCGGGUGAUUGCGCUGGUAUGUGACUGGGCAAUGAGGGAUGAGAACGUGCAAGUAAAUGGCCUCGUAGUGUUUGUAGACAAUACAGACAUUACUAUGAAUCACAUGUUGACCUUAUUUGGUCAAGAAAAUGGAAAAAGAUUAAUGCAGUUUUGGCAGAACUCUAUGCCAGCAAGAGUGAAGGGCCUUCACUUGUAUAAUGAGCCAAUAUUUUAUGAUGCAAUGUAUGCGUUAAUAUCACCUCUGAUGAAACAGAAGUUGAAAGAUCGGAUGUUUUUACACGGAAAUAGCUUAACAAAGGUGUACGAUGAGAUAGGUAUGUCUGCAUUACCUGAUGAGUAUCUGCCGGACGGUUAUGAGGGCCCGCGAGUGGGGACACAAGAAAGUAUUGUUGAUGAAAUGAUAGAAGACAUGAUGAGCCCUGAAUUCCGGGAAUAUAUUAAAGAUCUUUCUUGUGAAAAAUAUAGAGUGGACUUGAAAGAAAGAAAAGAAGAUGAUACUCCUACAGAGUCUUUCAGAAAGCUCAAUGUAGAGUGAAAUUAAUGGUGUUCCGUCGUUACUCUGCCAUCUGCAAACGGUUAAAGUACAUGUUUAUUUAGUUUCUUCUGUCUUCUGCGAAGGCUUUCAAUACAUGUUUUUGGUUCUUAAGCAUUGUUUUCUUAUAUAUAACUUACAUUUUUACAUAACUUUUGCAAUGUGGCUUUCCAUUGUGGAUAUUCAUUCUUGUUUGUUAUGUUGUCUUCCUUUUCUAUAUAUAUUUUUAUGGACAUUUCUAUGUUUUAAAAUAUCGUAACUUACCAUUACUCCUGUUAAAGAAUCGGGGUCAUCUAGCGGGAAAAUUCUUGUAACUUUAGAACAUCAUACGGGCACCUGACGGGUAUGACGGGAAUAACUCUUUUAAGUUUUGAACAUUUUUUGGUACCUGACAGGAAUAACUCUAUAGACUGUAGAUUUUUUGGUCACCUGAUGGGAAUGACGGGAGUAACUCUUGUAACUUUAGAAAAUGUUGGGGGUACCUAAGAUAAAUAACUCCAACUUUAGAAAGUUCUGGCCCCAAUUUCGCGAAAAAAAAACAACAAAAGUAAUUACUUAGUUAAGUCUGUUUUUUCAAAAUUGUGUUAUUGCUUAAUUUAUUGUUAUUAGUCCCCUACUGGUUGAAAACCAGUUUCGGGGACUAUAGGAAUGCGCUUUUCCGUCAUUCCGUCCGUCCGUCUGUCCGUCCGUCCGCAAUUUCGUGUCCGGUCCAUACCUCUGUCAUCCAUGAAGGGAUUUUAAUAUUACUUGGCACACAGAUGUUCCCCAUGAUGAGACGACGUGUCAUGUACAAAACCCGGACCCCUAGCUUAAAGGUCAAGGUCACAAUUGGAGGUCAAAGGUCAACAUGGCUUUUUUCCUGUCCGGUCCAUAACUCUCCCAUCCAUGAAGGGAUUUUAAUAUUACUUGGCACAAAUGUACUUCAUAAUAAGACGAUAUGUUGUGCACAACUUUCAGACCCCUUGCUCAAAGUUUAAGGUCACACUUAGCAGUCAAAUGUUAACAUGGCAUGAACAGGGUCUGUUUCGUAUCCGGUUCUUAACUCUGAUAUUCAUAAAGGGAUUUUAAUAUCACUUAGUACAAGUGUUCCCCAUGAUGAGGCGACGUGUCAUGUGCAAAUCCCGGACCCCUAGCUCAAAGGUCAAGGUCACAAUUUGGGGUCAAAGGUCAACAGAGUUUUUUUCCUCUCCGGUCCGUAACUCUGUCAUCCAUCAAGGGAUUAUAAUAGUACUUGGCAUAAAUGUUUCCCAUGAUGGGGCGACAUGUCAUGCGCAACACCCAGAACCAAAGCUUAAAAGUCAAUGUCACACUUUGAGAUCAAAGGUCAAUAGGAUUUUUUCCUGUCAGGUCUAUAACUUUGUCAUGCAAAACAGGAUUUAAAUAUCAGUUGGCACAAAUAUUCCCCUGGAUGAGACAACAUGUCAUGCGCAAAACCCGGGCCCAAGGUCUAAUGUCAAGGUCACACUUAGAGACCAAAGGUCAGAUACAAGAAUGACUUUGUGCGGAGCAUUUCUUCUUCAUGCAUGGAGGGAUUUUGAUGUAACUUGGCACAAAUGUUCACCAACAUGAGACGGAUUGUCUUGCCCAAGAACUAGGUCCCUAGGUCUAAGGUCAAUGUCAUAUCUAGAGGUCAAAAGUCAAAUUUGUCAGGAGCAUUUCUUCUCCAUGCAUGGAGGGAUUUUGACGUAAUUUGGCACAAAUGUUCACCACCAUGAGGCACCCUUGUUUUUAGAAUUACAUCCCUUUGUUUUACUAUAAAUAGAUUAUAUUGUAACUUUUUUUAUUAGUGGCCGUAGAGAAAAAUCGAGACCACUUUUCUGUUGUACAACAUGCAUGUUACAUCCAAUUUUAAUUUUUAGGUGUAUUUUGACCUAUCUCUACCUGGUAAAGAGUUUCUUGUGGACUUAUAUUAUAUAGAUUUUUUUUUUUUUGUUACUAUAAAUAACUUAUAUGAUAACUUUUUUAUAAUCGGCCAAACAAAUCAAUAUGAAAGCAACUGGUUGUUUUUAUAUAUGCAAAUUUUAAUCCAAGUGUGUUGUUAUAACAUAUUGUUUAUACAUCAUUGACAGAUAUCAGUUCAUUUUGUUAUACUGCAGUUGAGAAAAUUAGGUGCCUUCCAGUAGGGGACUUUGUAUUGCAUGGCAAUACUUUAUUCACUUGUUUAAUGUUGAUUUUUUCGCUAACAGUGUAUUAUAUAGCUGAAUUAUGAUAUGGUUAGUAGUAUUUGUUUGUGUACCUUUUCAGUCACGCAAAUGUGGUAUUUCUAUUUAAGCACGAUAUAACGACAUUAAGUAUUUUCUUAAGUAUAUUUCUUAUUUCUAUACUUCGUUUUCUGUAAAAUACAGAAUUAUUGUGUUUUAAUUAUGAAAUAGUCAUAUACGGUUCUGAUAUAGAUGAAAAAGUCAACAUUGAAGACGUAUAAAGGGCAAAACAAGCAUCUGAAAUAACAGACUUAGCUAAGCAAUUACUUAAGUUUAUUCAUAAAAUUGGGACCUAGGCAACUGGCGGAAAUUACUCUUGUAACAUAUGAACAUGGUGGGCACCUGACAGGAGUAACUCUUUUAAGCUGAUACCAUUUUGGGCAUCUGGCGGGAAUAACUCUUAUGUUUCUAGAACAUGAUGGGUCACCAGAAGGGAAUAACUCUUGUAACUGUAGAACAUGGUUGGUUACUGUAGAACAUUGUUAGAAUAACCCUUGUAAUUUUAGAACAUUUUUUGGACACCUUUAGAACAUAAUUGGGCACUUGACGGGAAUAACACUUGUAACUUUAGAUCAUCUUUUGGCACCUGACAGAAAUAGCUGUUGUAACUUCAGAACAUUAUUCGGCACCUGAAAGAAAUAACUCAAGAGCAUUAUUCGAAACCUUGCGGGAAUAACCCUUUAAACUUUAGAACAUGUUUGGGCACAUGGCGGAAAUUACUCUUGUAACUGGGCGCUGGGCAGGUACAACUGUUGUAACUUCAGAACAAUGUGGUACAAGGUGGUACACCUGGCGGGAAUAGCUUGUAACUUUAGAACAUUUUUGUGUACCUGUCGGGAAUAGCUUUUGUAGCUUUAGAACAUGUUUGGAACUCACGAAGGGCUUGGGGCAAAAGUAACGGGCUUACCAAAUUAUGUGUGAUGGAUGCAGUGUAUUUGAUGCCCCGCUGUGUUAUCUGUGUAUAGUUUUGUUAAUAUAUUUUACACUGUAUUUCUGUAAGAAGUUCAGACAUGUAUUCACUCGAUAUUAUUAUGGAAACAUUUUAGUCAUACGCAUAUUGUCAUAUAUAUUUGCUUAAAAUCGGUCAAUGCAUUAAACUUAAAAAAGUUCA